UCAACAAAGACUACCCUGUGGAUCUGGGGAAGAGGGUUCUCUAACCACGACAGGCAUUUUCACAUGAAUUCUGAAGGUUCAACUCAAUACUUGGGAGACUGGACGAAAGCUCUCCAGGGACAGCAAAGCAAGCCCCUAGCCCAGGCAGGAAGCAUCAUCAGUACUAAUUUAAUACCAGCCAAGGCAGAUGCUGUCGGGGUGAGCAUGAAUAGGAGUCAGAAGGGUCUGUUGAGGAGGUGGAGAGACCAUAAAGGGGGGGUUAUCUGCAGUGCAUUCAACUGGACACACUGGGCUUGCAGUCCACAAACAUCCACACCCAAAGCUUUUUAUUUAUUUAUUUUUUCUCCGUCUUUUGGAAUGGUCUCUAAGAUCACUGAGAUACUGUUACCAAGGCAGGGAUAACAUCAAAGCAUCAAGUUACUCAGCAUCUCAAAGGUGAGGAGGGGUAAGGCUAAAGGCUAUGCCUGGACUACCAGAGAGCAUCCCCCUUGGGGAGCGCACCCUUCACUCCCAGUCCCAGGAGCAGCUCACUCCCCAGACAGAAAGCACCGUGUUCAGCCUGUCCCGCAGCGAGUCCCUCUGGACCAAUGAGUCGGCCCGCAGCACAUGUGAGAUCUACUGGUUCCCAUUCCACCUCAUGUCCACCGGGGGCAGCAUCUUUGCCUGCGGCUUCAUCUUGAGUGGCCUGUAUUUCGCUGGCUACUGCAGGAAGGCCACCAACAUCCUGGGCCCGGCCCUGGUGUCCAUUGGCCUGAUGGUGCUGGUGGUGGGCGUGGUGCUGAUCCCCAUCACUAAGGAGAACAGGAAGCAGCCCACCAUGAAGAAGCCCUUCAGUUACUACAGGCAACCGGUCUUUAAAUUAUGAGGUGGGCCGGGCGCGGCAUUCCUGUCUUGUAUGCUGUGGUCCUGGAUAGUCCUCAGGCUCAAAGUCUGAUUAUCAGACCAUUUAGUUUCCCAAAAGCACAAUGGAGGAUUGGAUACUUCUCUGCUGAGCAUGGCUACACUACAAUUAACUUGUAGGGGGACAUGAUUCGUUCUAUUUUCUUCCACCACUACGGAUGUAUACAUACAGUAUUUUAAUAUCUGCAUGACAAAGUAUAUAUUAUAACCAAGUUACAGGUGGUUCUUUGACAUUUGAUCUUAAGCAUUUGAAGGCACUAGAAAGUUACCAUGCUGCCAAAUAACACAAUUAUAAAUAUAGUCCACUGCCUUUAUGCACAAUUAUUAGAAUGAGUGACAACAAGCAUAUUGAGAAGAAAGAUGUGUGCAUGCAUAUUGAUGAGAGCAGGAUUGAGUAUUGACAGAAUGCCUUUGUGGUAGGCUACUGAUUCAUGAAUAAUUAAAUAAAUAACA